UUGGAUCAGCAGUAAGGCUACAGUAAGACCCGUCCACACAGUUUGAGUAUCGUUGCUGGCUUCAUGGUUCUUGUGCAUGUCGCCUACACGUGUAAGCCACACUGUGUGGCAGCGAUAGCGUCAGAUAAGUGAUCCACUUUCUUCAACGCGUGGCUGGAGGUGGAGGAUUUGCUCAUCCAGCCGCAGCGCGCGGCGCCCUGUUCCUCUGGGUACGGCUGUUAUGGCAACCAUAAACAACCUGUGGGAGCAUGCAGCGAGCGAGCGAGCGAGUCUGCACACGGUCACCUGGGAGAACUGAACACAGUUUGUAUAUGAGCUGAAGAGAGAAUUAGAUAUAAGUAACAAUGCAACAAAUGCCAGUGUUACAGUCCACAGUGGCUCCAGCAGUGGAGGGGAGGUUGCGGCACAGUGUGCCAAGCCUGCCGGCGAUCAAGCCAGACAGGCUAAAAACAGCCAAGGUUCUGGUGGAGAAAGCGCUGAAGUCGAGGAAAGUGUUUUCAGUGCAGGGACCCUAUCCUGUGAUCCGUGCCGCCUUAUGGGCCAGAGGGUGGGUGGAACGUCGCCUGCCCCGUCCUGUCCAGAGAGCAUCUCAUUGCCAUGGCGAUGAGGAUGAGGAUGGUGGUGAUGAGAGAGUGGAUGAAGGCGAGAAAGAGGAGAACCUUGAUGACAUGUAUGACCUCAUGUCUCGGCUGGUGCGAAAUGAAACAACGCAUUUCUACUGGACGACACGUCGGGAUGACAUAGGCGGUCGCUCCCUGCGGCAUGACCAGAUGAUUAAUCACUAUGCAAAUGCUGGAUCAUUCACCACCAAGGUUGGGCUCUGCUUGAACCUGCGUAACCUCCAGUGGUUUGAUACAGCAGAUCCUGACGCCUUCUUCCCAAGAUGCUACAGGCUCGGGGCAGAGGAUGAAAAGCAGGCAUUCAUAGAGGAUUUCAGGAGGACAGCAUGCACCAGUCUGCUGCAGCAUGUGGUUGAGACAAGUAGAUGGAGGAGAGACGGAGUGGAGGAGCUGGAUAAAGUGGAGCAUCAGUUUGUUGGUCCAGGAAUGAUCGACAUCGCUUUACACGUGUGUCAAGAGUUUCUCAGUGUUUUAGAGCACGGGGACAUUGAUGUGACUGUAGAAACACCCCCCUCAGUGGAGGAACGGCAGUGGGAAGAGUUUCUGCAAGACUAUUACAGAGUUGUGCAUGAAGGUGCAUUGAUCAGGGGUAGCAGUGUGUUUGUGGAGCGCUGCCAGGCCAUGUUAAUCAGACUGCAGGAGGUUUGCCCUCAGCUGGACACAGAUGGACUGAAUAACAUCUGGAUCAUUAAACCAGGUGCCAAGUCAAGAGGACGAGGUAUCAUGUGUAUGGAUCGCCUGGAUGCGAUUUUGGCACUCGUGGACAGCGACAGAGCCCUGACCAAGGAGAGUAAGUGGGUGGUUCAGAAAUACCUGGAACGUCCUCUGUUGAUCCACGGCACAAAGUUUGACCUCCGUCAGUGGUUCCUCGUCACAGACUGGAAUCCUCUCACGGUCUGGUUCUACAGAGAGUGCUACCUGAGGUUCUCCACUCAGCCCUACUCAACAAAAACUCUGCACAGCUCAGUCCACCUCUGCAACAACUCCAUCCAGAAGCACUUCCAGCCAGCCCAUGACCGCCAUCCCGGAGUGCCUGAGGACAACAUGUGGUCCUGCUCUCAGUUCAGAGCUUUUCUGCAGCAGCAGGGCCGUGGGGCAGAGUGGGAGUCAGUGGUGGUCUCGGGUAUGCAGCAGGCGGUGGUCCGUGCCCUCCAGACAGCCCAGGACCUGGUCGAGCCACGUAAGGCAAGCUUUGAGCUCUACGGAGCUGACUUUAUGCUAGGCAGAGAUUUGAGGCCGUGGCUUCUGGAAAUCAAUGCCAGUCCGACUAUGGCCUGUUCCACCGCUGUCACUGCUCGCCUCUGCCCCGCCGUGCAGCUGGACACACUGAGGGUUGUGCUCGACCGACGGACUGAUGCGAGCGCUUACACAGGAGGCUUCCAGCUAAUCUACAAACAGGCUGCAGUUGAAGUUCCUCAGUAUGUGGGAGUCAACCUGCUGGUAGAGGGAGCCCCCUUAAGGAGAUCCAGACCUCCUCUUCAUAGACAAACUGUGUUUUCUAACCCAUCUCUCACCAUCCAGUUUCCUUCAGACCAGUCAUCUUCACAAGACAACGAAACGUCACGUAAACCAUCACGUCAGAAUCCCUCCACAGUCUCUUUUCAUGUUUCAGGCAAGGAGAACCGAGCUGUGGGAGAGAAAAAGAGGCAGCUCACGUCAACAUCUCCUAAGAGGGAAAGCGAGGGCAGAACAGAAGUUAGGUCCUGUGUUCGCAAGUCUUGUCGCAGUCUGGCAUCUGAACAGACUCUGGCAACACACGCUGAACCUCAGAGGAAAGCACGACGCUUUGGUAUGAGCCUCGGUGCCAACGGGGUGACUCUGGUCCCACGGAGCCUUUCCUUUGCCCCCAGCCCCCCUCCCAGCACAUCACAUUGUAAAUCUAUGCCCAGCACAGGCCAUAGGUCACACGUCUCCAGAUCCUUUCUUCCCCCGACGGCUUUUGAGCCGCAACACAGGACUUCUACUGGGGUCUUUCCUUCACUCCGGGGUCCCCUUCCCUCCCUGGAGGUCUUUAGCUUACGACCAAACAUUGUGGUGGGAACCAUUGCCUGUCGGAACCCAAACGUUUCCUCUCAUCCGAGCAUCCCCAGGCAUCUUUUCCUCUGUUCUCAAAGGCAGAAUGUGGCCAAACACAAAGGAGGAACAUAGACAGUAGUGGUGUCCACUGUCGAGAAGAUUACAGCAUGGGAGGUUUCGUCAGCCACAACAUUGUUAUUCAUUUCUAUUUUAACAUGCUGAAGGCUAAUGAGCAACAUAUUGCCCUCUCAUAUAAGUGGUUGAACAUGCUAUGUGUACACUAUGUAUGUGAUUGUAGUCAAUUUGUCCAAUGAGAAAAUUGUGGUCAAGUCGGUUGUGUGUCCUGAUUUUUUUUGGACUGAGGUUGCCCAUGGGUGUUACUGAUUACCACUUUAAUUACCAACAUUCCAGUUUGAAUAUUUUAUCAUCAUUAUUUUUUUCAUAACUUUACAUUGAUUUAGCUGACACUAUUGAGACACACAAUAUUCACAUACAGUAGGAGCUAUAAAUAUGAAAGAGUAAAAUUUCAUUUGUUUCAGUGUUAAAUUUUAUCAUCUUUAGCUGACUAGAAUCUGAAUAUAGGUUUAAGUUUUAGGAUGAUUUUGAUAAAUGUACGAGCAAUCAAUAUCCUGUUGGAAUUAAUCUGUGUUAAAAUAAUCAAACAAAUACAAUUAAUUAAAAUAAACAAUGUAAUAGUGAAAGGAUCCCUGGUUUCAUGUUUUGCAGAAUUAUAAUCAGCUUUAUUUUGACAUUAUGCCAAAUCACCAGCAGGUGGCAGUAAAGGUCCACUGACCUUACUGCAAGUAAAUGCCAAAGACUUUCAGGAGGGGUGCUCAAAUGUAGAAGAAUUGGCAGUCCU